AUGGACGGAUUCAAGCUUUACAUACCUGGCGCUACAAAAAUUUCUUUAAAUGAUAAGAGAUAUCACGUGUUUCUGAGUUUCAGGGGGAAAGAUGUGAGAAAGACUCUCGUUGAUCAUCUCUUUCAAGCUCUUUCCGCAGCUGGAUUGAAUGUGUUUCUUGACAGCCACAAAUUAAAGAAGGGGGAAAUCAUUGAUUUAUGCCUGGAAAAUGCAAUUAAGUGCAGUUCAAUACGCAUUCCUAUAUUUUCUAAAGGAUAUGCAAGCUCGGCAUGGUGUCUCAAGGAGGCUGCCUUAAUGUUGGCUUCCCCUGGGUUGAUCAUUCCUCUUUUUUAUGAAAUGGAACCGACCCAUGUUAGAUAUCCUCAAGGAAGCUCUAGCCCUUAUGAGAAAUCAUUUGAAAAAUAUUAUAGCCAAUUAGAUCGAUAUUCAAGAGAAGAGAUUGAUGGGUGGAAGCAUGCCCUUGAGCAGAUCUGUUGUCGCUCAGGCUGGUCCCUGGAUAUGACUGGAAGAAUAAGAAGACAUAGAGAAUACAAAAGCAAUAUAGAUUCAGCUGAUCAACAUAGAAUUUCAGCUAUUGCACUUAAAAAUACACAGGACAAUACAAAUAGAAAGUUGAGUUAA